CGGGCAUAGAGGGCCGGAACCCGGAAGCGUGGCCGCGCGGCUCUGGCCCUGAAGCGGCAGGCGCGGGGGUGAAACUGGGGUCCCGGGAUCGCCAUGGCCACGCCGCGGCAGCACGUGUUUGUGGGAAAAGUGCUGAAGAGGCUUUUCCCUCGUGUUCCCUGCAGCCAAGAAAAGAGCGCACCUGUGACUCCAGCGUCUGACAAACCAGCCAGGAGAGUGGCCGCUGAAGAGGUCCCCAGGUUGACAGAUGAGGACACCAAGGUCCCACCUCAAAGGCGACUCUACACGGCAAGUUUACCUCCUGAGGGGUAUGUCCCUGCUCCGCCAGAGCCACGGGGCAGCCCAGCCUCCGAGGACACGUCUGGCAGCGAUGACACGGGAGGAGGGUGCCAGCUCCCAGAGGAGGAGCUUCCCGAUCCACCGAAGAGAAGAAGGGCGAGAAAACAUAAAUCCAGGAAGAGUUUUAAAAAUCCCAAUAAUGAUCACACGGAACCAGCAGAAUUAGAGAAACAGCAGAGUCUUUUACAAGAAAAGUCGCAGCCACAGCCCACAGAUGGCCCCACGAUCAGUAGAAAUAAGAAGAGGAAACUGAAGAAAAAGCAGCAGAUGAAGAGGAAGAAAGCUGUGGGUUUACUCACAGCAGCCUCUGGCCGCAACUUCAUGUACCAGCCCGAGGAGGGCGACAGCGAGCAAGGAGCGGCAGACAGCGGCGGGGACGACGAGGGGGACGAUGAGGAGGACUGGGCAGACGCCUGCGGGGAGCACCAGGACAGGACAGAUGCCAACGAGGAAGACGUUAAAAGUACCGAUGAGAAGGCAGAUGGGAUCCUAAACUUUCUGAAGUCGACACAAGAAAUUUAUUUUUAUGAUGGUGCCUGCACGGAUGGGGACUCAGCCGUGUCCUUGGAGGCUUGUCAGGAGCUGCUCCAGCGUCUCGAGGACCACAGCGUGUCCCCCUCCGACGUGCUUCUGGUGGAUCACAUGAAAACACUGUUGCUCUUGCGAGACACCGCGAGCCUGCAGCGCGCCCUGGAGAGGUUCCCGGCGUGCUGCACCAUGCCGCCCGGCAUGUGGCUGAGUGAAUGGAGCUGUUCUGCCGACUUCUCCAAGAAUGUCAGAACGGCCAUGCUAACCAUUUCUACUCAGAAACCUCAUGGUGCAGCUGGAAGGUCAAGAUUAACGUAGUAUCAGAUCAGGUGAGAGGAUGGUAAGGCCAUCCCAGUGUGGCGCAGGGAUGACAAGCAGGGGAGUGACAGGGACUAUCAACAUUUCAUUCUCUAGCUGGGGUUGCCGCUCACCGAGCAGGGGUCCUGGAGAAGCUGCCCCCCAAUGUCCUGAAUUAGCGUGUUUGUUGAACUUCAUCAACGUCUUCCUGUUCCGUGUUCUGUUCUCAGCUGCUGGAUUCUUGGAGAACGGGGCAAACAAAGCCCUGCCCUUGGGUGCUUGUGUCCUGGCGGGGAGACGGGAGACAAGGUCGGGAGCAGACGCCAGUUGUAUGCGCGCUAGACAGGAGGCUCAUGUCCCGGUGGGGAGACGGGAGAUGGGAGACAAAAUCGGGAGCUAGCACCAGCCUUGUGCGCACUAGACAGGAGGCUCGUGUCCCGGUGGGGAGACGGGAGACAAGAUCGGGAGCAGACACUGGCUGUGUGCAUGCUAGAUGGGAUGCUUGUGUCCUGGUGAGGAGACAGGAGACGAGGUUGGGUGGAGACGCCGGCCGUGUGUGCGCUAGAUAGGAGGCUCGUGUCCCGGGGGGGAGACGGGAGACGAGGUUGGGAGCAGACGCCGGCCGUGUGUGCGCUAGACAGGAGGCUCGUGUCCCGGGGGGGAGACGGGAGACGAGGUUGGGAGCAGACGCCGGCCGUGUGUGCGCUAGACAGGAGGCUCGUGUCCCGGGGGGGAGACGGGAGACGAGGUCGGGAGCAGACGCCGGCCGUGUGGAUGUGAGAUGAGCCCGCAGAGAAGGAGGCCCCGCAGGAGGAGAUAUUCUGGCAGCCGGGGACAAACGCACUGGACUGGAGUGUGCUGGAGGUCACGUGGGAGCGGGUGGUGGGCAGGACAGACGGGAUAGAGGGUAACGUGGUGCUGGUGUCGGCCCGAGUGCAACAUGGCCCGUGCCAUGGCUACGGGCUUCUGCUCCCAGAUACAAGCAAGACUCCCGGCUCUCGAAUUCGACCAGAGUGAAGGGUCAGGAGCAGGAGGCUGGGGGCCUAGCUCACAGUGAGAGAAGCCAUCUGGAGGUGUGGAGGUUCAGGGAGGCUGUGCAGGUAAGAGCUGCAUCGGGCAGUACCAGGAGAGGGAUCCUCGGGAGCCAGGGUCACAUGGGGCCAGGUGGGAUGCUGGCUGGACACCCGGUGUGGGACUGAUAAUGGGGAAGGUUGCCAGGGGCCACCUUCACAGAGCAGAGAACGUGGAGGAGAGCACAGAGCUGUCUGGGGACCCCUGCAGGAGGAGGCGUGGGGAGCCUGGAAGGGAGUGUGCGGUGAGCACCGCGGAGGGGAGGCUGAUGCUCCUGGAGCCCUUCUAUUGAGGGGCCACAGCCCGGCGCAGUUGGGCGGCCGGAGCUUCCUGAGAGGCUUAGCUGGUGUCCGCACUCAGUGCUGGUUCUCCUGCGUGGAGCAGACUUGAGUUUCCAUCAGGUUUCAGCUCAAAUUGCAGAAAGCUAGUUUUAUUAAGUUAAACAAAUAUAAAGUAUUUAUGAGAUAAAAAUAAAUGAUUUUAAAUUCUCAGAAUUUGUGCUGUGUUCCUCCCAUGGAGGCCUUUCUUCUGCCUUUCUCUGUCGUGUGCUGGCAGUUUUCGGCCACACGUGGGGAUUUAGCAGGGAUGUUUCUCUCAUCUUCUUACAUCCACGUCACGGGACAAGUUUCAUCACCAACACGCUCCCUUUCCCCACUCAGUGGAACUUAACUGACAAGCAGUUGAAGCAUUUUUCUUAGAAACAGAGUCCCCGUUAGUGUGCGUAGGAGAUGCGUUCUGAGCUUUUCUGCCCAAAGCUACUUUGUAGAUGGAGUGUGUUACGAGCGGUGAGGCCCGUCUUGGGAGGCCGGCAUGUCUGAUGUGGGCAUGUCGUGGCCUGCGUGGGCAGCAGGCGGUCUGGGAACAGCAGCAUUUGGGGGCGGCACAGGUGCCUCCCCACCGCUCAGCCGUUACCCUUCCUGACUCUGGGGGGUUCCUGGCUGCACCCCAGUCAGUCUCCUCACACGGUCCUGCCUGUGUUUGCCAGCUGAGGCAAAGCUGGUGCACAGGAAAGCGGGCUGCCUCCUUGACCCCUUAUGGUUCCAGCAUACAGGUGCCACGGGGCCGCCAGGAACCUGGGCCUCUACUGCAUGUUGUCCUGUGACCCUCCUCAGCGCCUGGUGAGGGAGCGAGAGGUCAGGGGCCAGGCUGCUGGCAGGGGGCAGCAGGCACAUUUGGAAUGGCCUCUGCCCUGCGCCUCUGUUCCCAGCGGGUGGGGGCGGAGCUCCCUGCGCAGUUGCCUACAGCGGACCAGGCUGCAGGGGUGCUGGCCGCAGGUGGCUCCCGAGGGCAGUCCACGCUCGGUGGGGGCUGGGAGGCCGCUGUGCGUCGGUGGCAGCCUGUGAGGAGUGUCGAGUGGUUAGGACGCCUGGCACCUGAGCCAGAGAACCUGCACCCAAAGCUGGGCAGGCCCCUGAAGCGGGAGAGGGGCGGGUUGAGCCAGAGGCCGGCUGCAGGGAGCAACGGGGCGAUUGCGCUGGUCCUGCAUGGCCACGCCUCUAGGGGCUCUGUCUCCAACCCCUGAGGGCUCCCCUCCCCUGCGUGCACGCCACCGCCUCCACUGGGUCUCCGUGUGCCUGUGGCUUCCCCUGAGCGCCGGUGGCGACGCUAUUCUGUGGUGGGUUUCUGACACAGCCUGCAGACGGCUGGCUCUUACCCGACGGAAACACCGACCCCCAGGAUUUCUCCGUGUGCCGAGGGCUCACGUGCCGCGGCCGGUAUCACUUCGGCGCCAGAGCCGAGCUUUAUUGGGGUUUCUGCAGGCUCUGCUCGGAGCCAACAGCUAGUUUCUGUAAGACCGACACGGGCCGUCUUUGUCUGGGGUUUUCCUGUGCUACUUUAUUUUCUGUUUUACGUUGUGUGCUUGCU